UUGAAGAAGACGUCAUAGAGGGCAUCUCCUUGUGGAUUUGCUUUGCGUAAUUUCAUUGCCGGCACUCUAGAGCAAAUUGUGUGACAAUUUUAAGACAAGCAGUGCUCUUGCUCUGUAUCAAAUUUAGCCUUUUUCUUCCAUUUAGGCUCUUGCUUUGUAUCAAAUUUAGCCUUUUUCUUCCAUUUUUUCGGCAGUAGCCAGUAGGAGUAGGAUUUUAGUAAUUAGUGGUGAUGUUAUUUCAAUAUAAGUUUUGAUUUUUGAUUUUUCGGCAGUAGAAUUUUAGUGCCCUCUCUCGAUAUUAUUUCAAUACAACUAUACAAGUAAUGAAUUCUUAUUUUGCUCCAUUUUUGCUCCACUUUUUCAGACUUUGCAUUUUCAAUCGCAACUUGAAACAGCCGCGUUGUCUACUUCAAGCACCACCGCGACCACCACUACCACCAAUUUCAGAAUCCUUUCAAUUUGGGGACUUAUCAAUCAGGUUUUAUCGCUCUUUGCUUAUUAUUAUGUCUACAAGAAAAUUUGAAUCUGGAUUUGCCAAAAGAAAAAGAAAGGAAAAGAUUGAAAAAUUGAUUAAAUCUCAAGAUGGGGCACUCGAUAAGUUUUUUGGCAGUAGUAAACGAACACAUAAUGAAGAUGUAGUUACUGAAGAAGUGUUUAACGAGAAUCAUAACAAAAAUAAUACAAUUGAGGAAGGACAUUGUGUGAUGAAUGAAGAGGUGUCUACUGACAAAGAUAAUGAACCAUUUUCUCUCGACCUUGUUGAUCCAGCAAAUUGGGGAAAUAUGAAUACGAAUUUAAGAGAUUUAAUUGUAUUGAAAGGUCCUGUAAGAGAACAUGAAAUGAUUUUUCCGAAAGAUAGAGCAAAUCGACACUUCUCAUCCAUUCAUUACGUUCGAAGAUUACCUAAUGGAGAGACGUAUGAUAGAAAAUGGUUGAUAUAUUCAAAAAGUUUGGAUAAAGUAUUUUGCUUUUGUUGUAAGCUAUUUAAGAAUGAUGGGAUUAGAACUCAAUUGGCACAUGACGGAGUAAAUGAUUGGAAAAAUAUUGGUGAAAAGCUUAAAACGCAUGAAGUAAGUUGUGACCACAUCAAUAACAUGAGUAAAUGGAUAGAAAUGGAAUUAAGAUUCGAAAAGAGUCAAACAAUUGAUAAAAGUGUGCAAGAACAAAUCAAUAGAGAUAGAGAACAUUGGAGACAAGUAUUACUGAGAAUAAUAUCUGUGGUGAAAACUCUUGCUGAGAAUAAUUUAGCAUUUCGUGGGGAUAAUGAGAAGAUAUAUCAAGAAAAUAAUGGUAUCUUCUUAAGCAUGAUUCAAAUGAUUGCUGAGUUCGAUCCUGUAAUGCAAGAGCAUGUUCGUCGAAUAAAAAAUAAAGAGAUUCAUUAUCAUUAUCUAGGACACAAAAUUCAGAAUGAGCUGAUACUUAUGCUAGCGGGCGAGAUAAAAAAGGUAAUCAUUGAGAAACUCAAGGUGAAUGAUACAUCAGGUAAGGGACUUUUUGAUGAACUGGUGGAUGCUUUGAAUAAUUUAGAACUUGAUAUUGAUGAUGUAAGGGGUCAAGGCUAUGAUAAUGGUGCUAACAUGAAAGGACAACAUAAAGGAGUUCAAAGUAGAUUAUUACAACUAAAUCCUAGAGCAUUCUACAGUCCUUGUGGAUGUCAUAGUCUUAAUCUUGCACUUUGUGAUGUGGCCACUUGUUGUUCAAAAGUUAAAUCUUUCUUUGGGGUGGUGCAACGUAUAUACACUUUAUUUUCUUCAUCUACUAAACGGUGGAAAAUUUUCAAAGAGAAUGUAACUGGUCUUACCCUUAAGCCCUUGUCACAAACUCGGUGGGAAAGUCAUAUUGAAAGUGUUAGAGCGAUAAGAUUUCAAACUCCGCAGAUAAAAAAAGCGUUACUUCAAUUAGCAAAUAUUGAUGAUCCUAAGACAAAAAGUGAGGCGGAGUGUUUGGCAACAUAUGAAAUUGACAAUUUUGAAUUCUUACUUGGGAUGAUUAUUUGGUAUGAAGUAUUGAAUAAUGUUAACAGAGUAAGCAAACAUUUGCAAGCGGAAGACAUGCAUAUUGAUGUUGCUAUAGACCAUUUAAAAAGCCUCAUUUCAUUUUUCAAAAGUUAUAGAGAAUCUGGUUUUGAAUCGGCCAUGGUAGAUGCUAAAGAGAUUGCAAGUGAAUUAGAAAUUGAACCGAUCUUUCGUGAAAAACGGGUUAUACAUAGAAAAAACAGUUUGAAGAGACUUCUUCUGAACAGAUAACACAAACAGCUGAAAAAUCUUUUAAGAUCAAUUAUUUCUUAUAUAUAGUGGAUCAAGCUCUAUCAUCACUUGAGAAUAGAUUUGAGCAAUUUCAGAAAUAUGAUGAUAUUUUUGGAUUUUUAUUUGAUUUGAAAAGACUUAAAUUUAUUGAUGAUGAUGUUUUGAAGUGUUCUUGCAUUAAACUUGAAAAUUACUUAAAGCAUAAUACGCAUUCUGAUAUUGAUGGAACGGAAUUAUUUUCUGAGUUGAAAAUUUUAAGGGAAGCGAUAUCUGAAAACAUAUUUGGAGCAAUUGAUGUAUUGGAUUACAUUAAGAGAAUGAACUGUUGUUUUGCAAAUGCCUGGAUUGCUUAUAGAAUAUUA